AUGGCUUUGGUGAGAAAUCCUCGUUUCCUCAACCUCAAGCUCUCUCUUCCUCAAGCUUCCACUACCACCCUCCCUUGCUGUUUCCACAUCGCAGCCACAGCAACAGCCUCUACAACAGUUACUUCCUGCGCAAACAACACCUUCUCUGCUUCUGAUUUGGAGAGAAUCAACGUUCUCGGCAGCGGGAACGGCGGUACUGUCUACAAAGUUAGCCACAAGACAACGUCAGAGACCUACGCACUGAAGAAAGUCAAAGAAGACAUGGAUCCUACUUCACGCCGUCAACUUCUCCGUGAGAUCGAGAUUCUCCGUCUCGUUGACUCUCCUUACAUCGUUAAGUGUCAAGACAUCUUCGAGAAACCUUCAGGAGAAGUCUCUAUCCUGAUGGAAUACAUGGACCGUGGCACGCUCGAGUCCUUACGUGGCGAAGACGUAACGGAGAAGCAACUCGCUUUGAUCGCUCGUCAUGUUUUGAAAGGGAUAAACUAUUUGCAUGAGCUCAAGAUCGUCCACAGAGACAUCAAACCAGCAAACCUGCUUCGUAACUCGAAAGAAGAGGUCAAAAUCGCAGACUUCGGAGUGAGCAAGAUCAUGGUCAAGUCCUUAGACAAGUGCAACUCGUUCGCCGGCACGUGCGCCUACAUGAGUCCCGAGAGAAUCAACAGUGAAGACGCUGUUGAUACAGAGGAAGACAAGUCAAACGUUUACGCCGGAGACAUAUGGAGCUUUGGGCUUACGAUGCUGGAGAUCUUGGUGGGUUACUUCCCUCUGCUUCCUAAAGGGCAGAAACCAGAUUGGGCCACGCUAAUGUGCGCUGUGUGCUUUGGAGAAGCACCGAAAGCCCCCGAGGCAUGCUCUGACGAUUUUAAGAGCUUCAUUGAUUGCUGUUUACGUAAGAAACCAAGCGAGAGAUGGACAGCUUCACAACUUCUCAGCCACCCUUUUCUUCUCCGGACAGCUUAG